AUUCUUCCUCUUAACAUCUCCUUGCUUCAGCUGUGCAAAUUCACAGCCACCGAAGCAGGAGAGAAAGAAAACCCUAACAACACAAACCAAACACACCGUUUUAUUCCAUUGUCGGUACCGUCAUUAUGCCUUCACUUCCAAUCACUAACGACACCGUUUCAACCGAAAGCCCUAAGCAAAAAUCAAUGAAGAAGGAGAAGAAGAAGGAGAAGCUUCUAAACGACGCUGUUUUGGAGAACAGCGAAGUUUCGAAGAAGAGUUCGAAGAAGAGGAAGAAAGGUUCAGAUGAAGAAGUUGAAGAGGAAGUGAAGAGUGAAACUAGCUCUGAAGAUGGAUCUUCUAGAGUGAAAGUGAAGAAAGAUAAGAAGAAGAAGAAAGCCAAGGUUGAAGAUGAUGACGAUGAAGAGGAGGUUGCUGUGGUGAAGAAAGAUGACCCGAAUGCGGUUACGAAUUUUAGAAUUUCGGAGCCGUUGAAGAUGAAGUUGAAGGAGAAGGGAAUUGAGGCUUUGUUUCCGAUUCAAGCUAUGACUUUUAAUACCAUUCUUGAUGGUUCUGAUUUGGUUGGUCGUGCUCGUACUGGUCAGGGUAAAACUCUGGCGUUUGUGUUGCCCAUAUUAGAGUCAUUGACAAAUGGUCCGGCUAAAUCCGUUAGAAAGACUGGCUAUGGGAGAGUCCCAAGUGUCCUUGUGCUUUUACCUACCAGGGAAUUGGCCAAUCAGGUGUAUGCUGACUUUGAAGUAUAUGGUUCUUCACUGGGAUUGGUCGCUUGUGCUGUAUAUGGUGGAGCUCCAUAUGGUGCGCAAGAGAGUAAGCUCAGGAGAGGUGUUGAUAUAGUUAUUGGAACACCGGGUCGUGUAAAGGAUCAUAUAGAGAGGGGCAAUAUUGACCUGAGCCACCUGAAGUUCCGUGUCCUUGAUGAGGCAGAUGAAAUGUUGAGGAUGGGUUUUGUUGAUGAUGUUGAACUCAUUCUAGGUAAGGUACAAGAUGUUACUAAAGUUCAGACACUUCUUUUCAGUGCUACUUUGCCAAGCUGGGUUAAGCAAAUUUCUUCAAAAUUUCUGAAAGCAGAUAAGCAAACUGCUGAUCUUGUUGGGAAUGAGAAAAUGAAGGCUAGUACCAAUGUUAGGCACAUUAUCCUUCCAUGUAAUAGUACUGCAAGGGCACAACUUAUCCCUGAUAUUAUUCGCUGUUAUAGCAGUGGAGGCCGGACAAUUAUAUUUACAGAGAAAAAAGAGUCUGCUUCUGAGCUUGCUGGAAUGUUGCCUGGUGCAAGAGCUCUCCAUGGUGACAUUCAGCAAUCACAACGUGAGAUUACAUUGAAAGGUUUUAGGUCUGGGAAAUUCAUGACAUUGGUGGCCACAAAUGUGGCCGCUAGGGGUCUUGACAUUAAUGAUGUUCAGUUGAUUAUUCAGUGUGAACCUCCACGAGAUGUAGAAGCUUAUAUUCAUCGAUCUGGGAGAACAGGAAGAGCUGGCAAUACUGGAGUCGCUGUGAUGCUUUAUGAUCCCAGAAGGUCGAAUAUAUCUAAAAUAGAAAGAGAAGCAGGUGUCAAAUUUGAACAUGUAUCUGCUCCUCAGCCUGAUGAAAUUGCCAAAGCUGUUGGUGGUGAAGCUGCUGAAAUGAUUACUGAAGUGUCUGAUAGUGUUGUUCCGGCUUUCAAAUCUGCUGCUGAGGAUCUUUUGAAUAAUUCUGGUCUUUCAGCUGUCGAAUUACUUGCAAAAGCUCUUGCUAAAUGUGUUGGUUAUACUGAGAUAAAGAAAAGAUCACUUCUUACUUCAAUGGAGAAUUAUGUUACAUUACUUCUUGAAGGAGGAAAACCUAUGUUCACUCCAUCCUUUGCAUUUGGAACACUGAGGAGAUUCAUUCCUGAGGAUAAGGUUGAUGCAGUGCAAGGCCUCGCUCUCACUGCAGAUGGGCAGGGUGCUGUUUUUGAUGUACCGGCCAAGGACUUGGAUAUUUAUCUUAAUGGUCAGAAGAAUGCGGUUAAUGUAACCCUAAAGGUUGUUAAAGAAUUGCCAAGUUUGCAACAAAGAGAGGAAUCUGGAGGGAGAAGAUUCGGUGGUGGUGGUCGUGGAUUUUCUGGUGGAAGAGGUGGUGGAUAUAGAUUUGGUGGGAGAGGUGGUGGUGGAAGAAGUUUUGGAGGCAGAGGGGGAGGAAGGAAAUGGUAAAAGAGAUCAGUUACACAAGAAUGCUGAAAUAAGAGCUUUUUCAGUCACGUUUGACCUCCAAUUAAGUUUAGUGCUCUACCUUGUUCCACCCCCUUACAAUUUUGAUGGAUGUCUGAACCCUAUACCCGAGUGUCUAUUUUUUCGCUCUAUGAUUUAGCAUUUAUGUUAUAUCAAUUUUAAUUUUUACAGGAAAUUGUAAGAAUUAGGUUGCUAUGUUCUUUUAAGAAAAUGAUUUUGUGUAUUGUUGACAAUGACAAUUGACAAUGGAAAAUAUAUUUAUUAUGUAUGUUUUGCUGAA